AUGCUGAUUGUUUGCUCACAAAUAUACAAAAGGGCGUUCUCAACCCGAAGUAGCCGGUCACUUCAGAAGUUCCUCUCUCCAACGGAAUAUCUUGAAAAAACCGAAGCUAAAAAAUUGGAAGAUCGUCAAUUCCAAGAAACAUUACUUAACACUCCGUUCGAGUACUCGCCGCAAACAUUGAGCUCACGUGCUUUAAAAGAUGAAGGCCGUCCAGUUCCUCUUAAUGUUGAACUUUUGAAAUAUAAACCAUUAAGACUUCGCAAGACCCAUGGGGAUGAAGUUUGUCAAUUAUUUUUCCGUGGUUAUGAAGAACCGGAGCUUGCAAGAAUGGGUGAAUUUGCAGCAAGAGCAGCCUAUUAUUUGGGUAUCCCGAUGUCUCCACUUACUUCGUUAAAGACAGAGAAGAGAUUAUAUACGGUUAUCAAAUCACCUUUUGCACAAGCCAAGACAAAGCAGAACUUCCAUAGGAUUACGUAUAACAAGAAAUUGAUUGCAUAUGAUGCAAACGAUGAAGUGGUCGACAUGUGGUUGAGUUAUGUCAACAAAUACAAACUUCCACAAGUCGAGAUGAAGGCCACAAUCACCUCGCGCGAGAAAUUGAGUUACAACGAGGACUUGCAAAAUGCAGAAUUGGAAUUCCCACUGAGCUACGAGGGUAUAGAAGACCCUGUCGCAUUGAAGGUGAAAGAAUUGUUGGAAUCAGAGGAGUUUAAGAGACACUUGAAGUAG